AAUCACAUUUUUUUCUGAACAUGGAAAAAAAUUGUGAAUUCUUGGGAAAAUUUUCCAUUUUAUAAUUCGUAUAGGUGAGUUUUUCGACUUUCGUUAUAAAUUGUUUCUCGGUUUUCUCUCAUAAAUCGAAAUGAACCGUUUGUUUCGUCUCACUUCCUAUACUUUAUCGAAUAUACCGAAAUUUGCUGUACGUGAAUUUCAUUCGAGAACUGAUUUCACCGCUCGAACAAUCAUUUGUUGUAAUUCUGUUUUGAAUCCGACGAGGUCCUUACAUGUAACACCUUUACGCUUAGAAGACGAACCGAAAAAAUCAAGAUACGAAGGAUUAUUGGAAAGGGACCCAUCUCGAGACCGUAGUCGUAAAAUAUCAAUCGAAACUAGCAUAAGAUACGUAAAUAGUCAAGCUUUCAAAGAUGGAUAUGGAAACGAUCCAGUGUGGUUUCUUUAUCGUAGGAACCAUAAAGGUCAAUUUGCUCGUCCAAAAACUCGCAAAAUGUGUAUUCGUAACGAUGUUAUUAUGACUGGUAAUCCUUGUCCUAUAUGCAGAGAUGAAUUUUUAGUCGUGAGUUAUAAAAACGUUGAAUUAUUGAAGCAGUUUAUUUCGCCUAUCACCGGAGAACUUCUCAGUUAUAAAACAACCGGCGUUUGUCAACAACAGCAUCAGAAUUUACUGGUAGCGUAUUUGCAAGCCAGAGAUCUUGGUUUAAUCACAUUUGACCUUCCAUUCAGAGAAUACGAUUAUUCGGAAUACGAGUUGAAAUAAGUUUUCAUAAUUUAUCGUCCAGUGUACAUAGCUUAGAAUGGAAGCAACCUACGUUAUAGUUGGGGGAGGCAUA